AUUUAUUACAUUCAAGACAACUCGUGAUAAAACAUACAUAAGCACAUCAAAAUGUCAUCCCCCGGCGGCGUCUCGGCUGGCGGUUCCUCGCCAGUGCACAACCUGCUAAUGGGUGCAACUGGCAACAGCCUGGCCAACAUUCCUAUGACUUCGGUUUUGGCUGAAUUUGAGCCUUUCCGGUCUGGCGUGGUCUUGGGAUCAGGCGCAGCGCGAAGGUCGGUGACAUUGGGUUACUACAAAGUCGGAGUCGAACUGGCGCAAGGGAGCGAGGGGGAUGUCUUCGCGGCCGUGCGAGUUCCUCAUAACAGGCAAGUGGCACUCAAAAGAGUCAUGAUUGCGGGACCGAAGGUACCUCCUCAAUUUCCGUGCUAAUUACAUAUACUAGCCUGAUGAGCGCCUAUCCAUAGCCUCGUGAAUGUCACAGAAAUAGAAGAUCUUCGAUUUUUGACUAUCCACAUCCAGACCCAUCAUCAUCUUCAUUGAACCAGACCAAAAAGCACGUUUUGACGGAACUAACGGUAGCCGCUGCAGCUAAUGAUGCCAUGUGGGAGGAGAAGAAAAGAUUGGAAGCAGAUAACGAAGAAGCCAACUUCUUCACGUGGGAGGAGAGCGGCGCACAUUUAUGAAAAGUAUGUGUAUAAUGUGGAAGUGCCAACACAAGCGAGUCGCACCACCAUAACCACGAUGUUUCUCACCGAAGACUACAAAAGAUGAUAGCCAGGUCAACACUAGCUUACUUACACGUAAAAUGUCCUAGUUUUCCUCUUUCAUAGCCCCCCUACAUCGUCCACGUCCGAGAUUGGUUUGCUGGGGUGGAUGGACCAGACCGAGAGAUCUUCCUAGUCAUGGACCGUUGCGAUUUUGGACUAGAUGAUCUCAUACGAGGAGUGAGGGAGGCAAGGGUUGGAUAUGGUAUGAUUGGUGGAUUGUUCUAGGUCACGACAGUGACAAGCCGCGACUUUUAGAUCCCCUCUCGUAAAUCUAAAUGUUUGGUCUCGUUCUUCAAUGUCAACGGCCGACACCCUCUCUAGUUAUUACCUGAUCUUGCUAUCUUCAAUUUCAUCCACCUUCUUGUCAUUCUUUGAGAUUUUUACAAGGAAGGUGAAGUGCGAGCUUCCCAAUCUGAUUCCACGUUCCUCUCUUCCUCUCUUCCUCACAUUUCAUUCCCCAACGUUCCUGCACUGCUGCUGAGCCCGGUACUAUUGGCCGUUACCGCUUUCACGAGAAUGAGAUCCGAAAAGUGUUUCUCCAGAUGUUAGAGGGCCUGGCCUUUUUAGGCCGUGUAGGCGUGAUUCACAGAGACGUGAAGACGGAGAAUAUACUGUGGAAGCGUGGGGACGGAACCUAUAAACUUUGCGACUUUGGGGUGGCGGUUGUGGUGGAUAAGAAAGAUUUAUGAAAUGAAACUAGUAUUUGUAUUGGGUUGAAGUAGUUAUGAGAUGGAACUAGUAUUUGUAUUUGGUUGAAGAACUAGUAUUUGGAUGUUGAAGAUGAUCACGAGAAGAUGACCUUUUCAGAAGGUACAAUCAGGCUGAAAGGGCCUCAACAAUCCCAUUUGACAGGAUGGACAAUGAGGUAGCAUGACAUGACAUGACAUGACAUGACAUGGCCGGUCAUUAGUUGAUUUCAGCAUAUAUCCUUCCCAUCCUUCUUCCUCCUUCAUUCCCCAACCCUCGUCUGUCCGUGCCGACCAAAGCUCGAGCUCAUUGCGGCACGUUGUGGACCAUGAGUCCAGAACUUCUACGUGGCAAAGUCCACGAUGCGAGCACUGACAUCUGGUCUUUGGCUUGCGUCAUCUAUGAGAUGGCCUUUUUAGACAAGGCCUACAGCAGCUUAGAGCUGAUGGCUUACCAGAACGACCAUAGUUUGGACACGCUGCAACCACCGAUCGUUUGGGUAAACAAGGCGAAAGUGGGAGCAUCGUCGCCAGCUGGGUGUGGGACGCCUGGAUCGAUACCUGGGAUAGGGAAAAGUGCGUCGUCGCCUGUUAUUAUGUUGGAAGAUUUAUACAACACCUGAAGAUUUGUACAACACCUCCUGAUACAACUGAAGAUACUGGUUGAAAACUUGAAACUACAUCAAAAAAUGUAACGUAGUAGAAAAUUUAAGAACGAACCCUGUGUAAAUAAUAUCUGAGAAACUUCUCCUAUCGCUACGGCUACUCUAUAUAUGCAUCAGGAAUUUAUUCUAAUCUGAGUCCCGGUCUCCGAGGCGCAGCUCAUAGUCCUUCCCAUCUAGGCGGCGGAUCGCCGAAGACUAGAGGCCGUCUAGGCGGCGCCUCAGGUCCACCCCCACAGAGUAAGAUUACGUGGUUGAAAUGGAUAUACUCUCGGGAUUUGAAGAAAGUCCUCUGCAACAUGUUCCAGCCGGAUAAGAAGUUGAGGGGUACUAUGCCUAUUUUUUUUUUUAGUGGACUGAUACUAGAUGUGCAUGUGGUGUAACAUUUUUACUGAUAAUUGCCCUUAUGGCAGUCUGCACUGAACUUUGUCGGAGCUCACUUGCAAAAAUAUGCAGGUAGGUUUUGAUAUAUCGGAACUCGCCCGCGAUACAAAAAAAAAAAAAAGCGAGAUUAAUUGUAUUGUAUUGUAUUGUAUUGUAUUGCAUUGUAAUGCCACUCAUGCACAUGCAGAACGUGGCCAACAAGAUUGAACCUGGCCUACUGCAUCCAGCUUCAAAAAAUUGACCUCAUCAGCCACCGCGCAAGAAUUAAAAAGCAACUACGAGCUUUUACGAGGUGUAGUGGAGAAAGCUCCUGUCUACAGUAUUUAAGGGUAGGUUAAAGGUGCUUUUGUUACCGUUUGUUAUGGCUCUCCUAAGGAGGACAGCGAUAACAAGCGGGAGAACCCACGAACACCAAGAACCUACCUCUAAAGUAUUGCCAGUGUGGACCCCAAUGAGUUGGUGAUCACCGAAGAAUUUUCCGCAAAUCUCUUUCUCAAUGUGGAGUCGCGACCGAUAGGACACCCACAGCCGCCAACGAAUGACCUGUCGCCCAUAGCUUUAAAAAAGCAUAAAGAAGCAGUGCAGCGUAGGAACAGCAGAGCUGCACUAGCUGCAGCUGCGAAUGGAGGCGUGCCAGUUGUAGCUGGAGAGGGAGCAGUUCAACAAGUAGUAGAUGAUGCGAGAGCAGUUCAACAAGUAGUAGAUGAUGCGAACAGGAAUAAUGCUGGUGCUAGUGGAAGUGGACCACCUAGUGGUGGUGGUGGUGGUGUAGUUGCAGGUGCUAAUCCUAGCAGUCCUGGAAGGGAGUCGCCUUCUGCACAACGUCCUCCGUCUAGUAACCCAGAAGACAGACCAACUAGUGCAGCAAGGGCCAGCCGCCCUGAGGCACCACAACUUCAGGCCAUACUGCAGUACGAUUGCUCGUCACCACCGCUUCCGAGGAGAGAAAGCACGAACGCUGGAAAUGACAGCAAAGCUCAUGACAGCAAAGCUCCAAGUAGUACGUCGCCUACGACAACGAAGGAUGGGAAACAACGAGAUAGACCACGAUCUGUCUCUAGAUCCUCCACAUCGCUAGAUCCUCCAAAAGGCGUGGGCUCUAACAACUCCGGCACAAGAGCAGGCGGAAGGGCUAAAACACCACUGUCGAGUUCAAGACCUAGUUGUAAAACUCGUUCGACAUCAUCUAAUCAGAACAAGAGUGGGGGACAAAAAUCAAACGGUAAUGCGCAAAACAAAGCAUCUUGUUCCAAAGGAGGCGAACCAGAAGAAGAGGAUCCAGUGAUGGUUCUCUGGAGACAACUACAAGCCGAAGUAGAUCGAAUCGAAGUGCCUACACCUACUUCACCGGUUAUUAAGGGUUGAAACAUUUCAUAUUUGUACGCAUGAUUUGGCACAUUUCAAGAAGAAACGUGUCAAAUAUGUAGGGCAAGCAUGAAUUGUUUCAACCUUUAAGGUUAGAAGAAGAUCAUCCGCAGGCGGUGGCUCCUCGGUGUCAAACUCUGUGUCUCCCGGUGGGAGAAAAAGUAAAGCAAGAACUUCUGGUAGUACUACAGGUGCAGGUGCAGGCAACCACGGCAAAGAAGUUGUUUUGCAGGUCGACGAUCCUCGGGGGGCGGACUCGCCUGACGUUAGGAGUAAUGAUGUUAGCAGUCCCAGUCGUCCUGACGAUGCAAAGAUAAGACGUAGAACCAGUGCUACGGCCACAUCCCCAGCAGGAGUUCCACUGCCGAUACCUAUCGCCUCAAGUGGUCACAACGCUGCAGCUGCAGCCUCUACGUUAAUUAAUGCUCCCACUGGGUCCUCUGGACGUGCUUCUCCGAAGAAGGAUCAAGGUGACCCGUUCUCAUCUAUGGGCCUACCCACAUUCGAGGAGCUCGAAAGAAGAAAUCUUGACACCAGAGGUGAAGCUUCUGCUUCGUCGGUGUCUGAGAUAGAAGCAACCAGCAAUCUUCUGGGCGGGAUGACAGUGGAAGACGACUUAGAGGUGGUUGCUUGCUCACCAACUCUAGUGGUUCUGGAUCAUGGUGAGCAACCUCUAUUUCAUCAAGGAGAUUCGUCUGGAACGGUAGUAGAUCGUCGUUCACUCGACCAGUUGUACCACGAUUCUACUAGUGCAAUGACCUCGAGAACAAUGACCUCGAGAACGAAAGAAUUAGAAGUCCCCACGAAAGACAUAGUCCUACCCGACUCGCUAGAUGACGCUCUUCUACUUCACGGUGCAUCUUCAUCCUCGCUGAAUACAAGCUGCAUGUCGAAUCAGUCGAGGCCUAGCACCACGUCGUCUACUUCAGCACAGGUGCUGCUGAAUCGAAUUGGGCCGUCUGCGAGUUCACCAGUCGUUCUAAGUGGAGGUGUAGUAGCUGGUGCUUCUUCUGGAGGAGCAAAAUUGUCAUCAGGUGGAUCAAGGCCUGCGUCAAGCAGCACAACGACUGGGGGAGGAGCAGGAGGACCAAGCCCAUCUACUUCUACGUUUGCAGCUUCCGGGUCAGCCACGUUGUUCACAAAAACUGCUGGCACUAUUGGUACUUCUGCAGCUGCCUCAUCAUCCGCUACUGCAUUCAUACCACCAGUGCCAAUUUCCACUUCUGCGAAUGCGGCUGCGGUGGGUUCGCAGGGAAAUUUAUGCUCCUUCUAUUCUCAUACGUCUUCAUCAGCCUCAUCCGGUGUAAGUAGUUCUAGUUCAAGGGCACCUUCAGCAGGUUUCGUCGGGUCCUCCAAGACAUCGCUUGCAGUGCGUAGAAGCAACGCCGCACCCCAUCAGUUGCGCAUCAACCGGUCAAGUCAGGGAUUCUCGAGUGCUGAGCUUAAUCCUGGAAAGCAUGUGGUCGGUGGAGGGUCUUCGAGUAGUACAAGUACUACAAUGUCGAAUCCCAUAGGUGGAAAUAAAACCGUUAGCAAUGGAGGUGUGCCUUCCGUAGGACGAAACUUUCUCUUCUAUGGCGGUGGCGGAGCCAGUAGUACGACGAGCCUAGGGGCAAUGAUAGGAUCUUCAAGCGUCGUGGAGCAAGGCGGUUGCUCGUCACCUGAAAUCGAUACAAGAGGAGUUACCACUGCGGCUUCGUGGUUCACACAACAGGCAGGUGUGUCAUCCUCUACCUCUUCACUCUCAACAUCUUCUUGUGGCUUGAACAAGCAGGGCUCUUUUUUUGGAAACAACAAUAUGAACAGGAAUAUCCAAGGCUCUUCUUCUAGUAGUCAGUUCAUGUUUUUCCGACCGCAGUUGAAUUCUGUACCUUUGGCCUUGACUGGUGUCGGGAGGAGCAGGUUGCAGGCGAGUCGGCUUGGAGGGGGGCAGACGCAAAGUAAAUGAGUGGGAAACAGAUUUGCAUACAAUGCACUCGCGAAAAUCAAGUGCAGUAGUAACUUUAACAUAGCAAGAAGAUGAAAUAUUUUUUGGUUCUAAUGUUUGUGCGUUCUCGCUCUGUGUAUAGUAAGAAAAUGACAUCCGUGGAGUUCCGCAGAACCAUAUAAACGUCUGUACAGAAAGUUUGCCCGGUUGGACCACUCUAAUCAUGUGCAUUUCAAUAGAUCUAUGACGCCCUUAAGGCAGUCUGCACUGAACUUUGUUUUGAUUUAUCGGAACUCGCUCGCACUACAAAAAAAAAAAAAGCGAGAUUAAUUGUAUUGUAUUGUAUUGAUCCUGUAAUAAUUUUAGCCAUGGCUACUCCUACUAACAUAGAAUGAAUGUCAACGACAUGCUGUAAAAAUGCGAAAGUAAACACAUCAGUGGAUUAUAUUAGCAAUGAACUUGAACACCAGCAUAGCUUAAAACGACCUUAGCAUUUUCUGCAUGAUGAAAUUAAAAAUGAAAGGUCCUCUACGAGGGCAGAACCACCAACUGCAAAUGAAAACGAGGACAUGGACUAUGGAAAAUGAAAACGAACACAUGUUUUUCUGUCUAUUCAUUCACUCAAAUUGAUACUAUGGCCACCAAAUCAUGUCUAGAAAGCACCAGGGAGUCUUCAAUCCGUUUUUCUCAUGAUACAGUUAUCAAAUGGCUGCAGCGUCCUGCUGCACGCUGCCUGGUGAGCAG